UUUCAGAUAUAUUCCGAGAUAUAUCAAGGUAAUAUGGCAAAAAGUGUGAUGAGUAACAAGCAAAAGUUAGAUUGUAUCACGAAGUGAAGAAAGGUGGUACUUGCAUCGAACGCGAACAUAAAGCAUUGUCAAAGGACGUAUUUAAUUGAAACAUCAACACUAGUAAAAGCAGUGAAAUGAAAAAUUACGAGAAGCUGGAAAAAAUUGGCGAGGGCACGUAUGGAACUGUUUUUAAAGCCAAGAAUUGUGGCACUCAAGAGAUUGUGGCAAUGAAAUGUGUACGUUUGGAUGAUGACGAUGAGGGUGUUCCAAGUUCGGCAUUGCGCGAAAUAUGUUUACUAAAAGAGCUCAAGCAUGAGAAUAUCGUGCGCUUAUAUGAUGUUGUCCAUAGUGAGCGUAAGCUCACGUUAGUUUUUGAAUAUUGUAAUCAGGAUUUAAAAAAAUAUUUCGAUUCAUGCAAUGGUGAAAUCGAUCAACAGAUAGUUAAAUCACUUAUGCAUCAAUUAUUAUGUGGAUUAGCCUUCUGUCAUUCACACAACGUCCUUCAUCGUGAUCUAAAACCCCAGAAUUUAUUGAUAAAUACUAAUAUGCAAUUGAAGUUGGCAGAUUUCGGAUUGGCACGAGCAUUUGGCAUACCUGUCCGAUGCUAUAGCGCUGAGGUUGUCACGUUGUGGUAUCGACCUCCUGAUGUUCUCUUCGGUGCAAAGCUUUAUAAUACUUCAAUUGAUAUGUGGUCUGCCGGAUGUAUCUUUGCUGAAAUUUCGAAUGCCGGAAGGCCGCUUUUCCCAGGUGCUGAUGUAGAUGAUCAGCUGAAGAGGAUUUUCAAAAUGCUUGGUACUCCGACAGAUGCCACAUGGCCAGGUCUUUCCCAGCUUCCGGAAUUCAAGCCGAUGCCCCUGUAUCAUCCUUCCCUUACAAUUGGACAAGUGGUACCUAAUCUUCCUGCUCGCGGACGCGACUUGCUUCAGCGGCUUCUGAUUUGUAAUCCAUCCGGUCGUAUCGAUGCCGAAGCAGCGUUGCGUCACGAAUAUUUCAGUGACAUUACUGACUGCUAAAUAAUUUUCAUUAAAUAUUGUUUAAAAAAAUUUAAGUCAAAUCAUAUGCAUCAAUGAUCUCGUUGUUGUGCAGUGGUAUUUUUGCCUAAAUUAUGGGUUUUCCGAAUGUAAGUUGGACAUAAUUUCUUCACUUUAAAUGGUCGACUUAAAACAUUUUUUGUUCAUUAAAAUUGGUGAUGUAUUUGCUAGUUGCUUUGGCAAAUUUAAGCGCUGGUCUCAUGCAUCUCGAGAAAACCUUUAAAUUUCAUUUCGAACCAAACAUUCUUGUUCAACCAAUUCAUGUUGUUGAAAUGAGUUCCCUG